GUAUCAUACACACACCACAACACAAAGCUUCUUCUGCUUCAUUGUUCCAUUCAUCUUUUCUCUCCCAAUUCAAUUCAAAAUUUUCACACACCGUGUUAUCUCAGAAUCUCUCAUUCCGCUUGUUUCAAUAAUCGCUUUUGAGAUCGAAACCAACCUUUCAAUCUCCCAUUAAAUUUCUUCACCUUUCCGUUUCUCUUCCAAACGGAAUAAUAAAAAACCACUCAGUUUCUUCCGUUUUCAUUAUUCCGUUCGCUUCAUCGUUCGAUUUCAUCCUUUUUGAAUUAGGUUUAGGGUUUCGAAUUGCGAGAUUCGUAAAUCCUGAAUUGCGUUGGUGGUUGUGACUAUUGAUUAACGUAUUGAACAAGGAGGUUUUGGAAUUGUGGGAAUUUUGAUUACAUUAUUUCGAAAUUUGAAAUUAGGGUUUUCAGAUGAAACGAAAUAGUUGUUUUAUGAAAUGGUGAUUAAACGUAGUGUUAAAGUUGAAAUGCCGAAAUUGAAAAGGUGUAAAUUGGAUGAGCCUCAUUGUGAAGAUGAAGAACAUGAAGGUUGUUCCGGGAGUCAGAAGAAGCAUAAGGUGGAUGGGUUUAAUCCUGAAGUGGAUUUUGACACUGGUUCUGCUUCAUGGAACAGUGAAGUUACAAAUAAUGGUGGUGUUGGCGAAGUUGAAUUGAAUUCAUCGCGUAAAACGGUGAAAGUACGGUUCUCGUGUGGCGGUCCUCAGGUGCUUCCGUCAAGCUUUGAAAACGAUGGUAAGGUUAUGGUGAAGACCGGGAGUAAUGGUUCUGGUUCCGGUCUUAGUUUUGACGGUGCAGAUGAAAAGAUUAAUGGGAAUGUGGGAAGGAGGAAAGAUGUUUAUAGGCUGGAGGAAUUUACUUUGGGUGAUAUUGUUUGGGCGAAAUGCGGGAAGAGGUUUCCGGCUUGGCCCGGUGUGGUGAUUGAUCCUCUCUCAGAGGCUCCUCAAUCCGUCAUCGACUGUUGUGUUCCGGAUACACUUUGUGUGAUGUUUUUCGGUUAUUCGAAAAAUGGAACAAGGGAUUAUGCUUGGGUGAAGCAGGGAAUGGUAUUCCCCUUUGCAGAAUUCAUGAACAGAUUUCAGGGGCAGACACAAUUGUUCAAGAGCAAACCGAGUGAUUUUCGGAAGGCGUUGGAGGAGGCAAAGUUGGCAGAAGAUGGUAUUCUGGAAUCACAGUUGAGAGCGGAGGAAAUGACUGACGGAGAAGCAUAUCCUGAUAAACUUCGACAGGUCUCAGCUUCAAAUAUUGAUCAAGAAUAUUACUGCCAGGAAAAGGAUGCCAGAUGUUGUGCUAGCUGUGGUUUGAUGUUGCCAUGCAAAACCAUGAAGAAGGUUAAGGAUUCAAGUCAUGCACCACAAUUUCUAUGCAAACAUUGUGUCAAGUUACGAAAAUCAAAACAAUAUUGUGGAAUUUGCAAAAAGAUUUGGCACCAUUCAGAUGGUGGGAAUUGGGUAUGUUGUGAUGGUUGCAAUGUAUGGGUGCAUGCUGAGUGUGAUAAGAUUUCUACAGAACAUUUCAAGGAUCUGGAAAAUACCGACUACUAUUGUCCAGAUUGCAAGGAAAGAAUAAAUUGUAAAUUACCAGAAUCACCAACAUACAAGUCAAAAAUCAAAUCAGUGGAGAGUAGCCAAAACGUUGUGGUACCUGAGAAGUACAGAUCAGUGGAGAAUAGCCAAAACGGUGUGGUACCUGAGAAGUUAACGGUGGUGUGCAAUGGAAUGGAAGGAAUUUACAUCCCAAAGCUUCAUUUAAUUAUGUGCAAAUGUGUUUCUUGUGAUUCAAGGAAGCGGACACCUAGUGAAUGGGAAAGACACACAGGAAGCAGAGCUAAAAAAUGGAAAUACAGUGUGAAAGUGAAAAGCACAAUGCUACCGCUUGAAAAAUGGAUCACAGAGCACAUUCCAGAAGAUGGAGUUUCCCAGGAGUUGGAUCAGCAGCAGGUGCUUGCCUUUUUGCAAGAGAAGUAUGAGCCAGUUCAUGCAAAAUGGACGACAGAAAGAUGUGCUAUUUGUAGAUGGAUCGAAGACUAUGAGGAUAACAAAAUUAUCAUCUGCAACAGAUGCCAAAUAGCAGUCCACCAGGAAUGCUAUGGUGCAAAGCAUGUCCAGGAUUUUACUUCUUGGGUAUGCAGAGUAUGCGAAACCCCUGAUGUUGAAAGAGAGUGCUGCCUUUGUCCAGUAAAAGGUGGUGCUCUGAAGCCAACUGAUGUCGAGAUGUUGUGGGUUCAUGUAACAUGCGCUUGGUUUCAACGUGAAGUUGUUUUCAAAAACCCUGAGGUCAUGGAACCUGCCCUCGGAAUUCUUAGAAUUCCUCCUAAUUCCUUUGUGAAGACCUGUGUAAUUUGUAAACAAAGCCAUGGUUCUUGUACAAGUUGUUGCAAGUGUUCUACUCAUUUUCAUGUAAUGUGCGCAUCAAGAGCUGGGUAUACCAUGGAAUUGCAUUCCAUGGUGAAGAAUGGGACUACAAUAACAAAGAAGAUAAUAUACUGCGCAGUUCAUAGAGUCCCAAGUCCAGAUUCUGUACUGGUUUCACAUUCAUCCCUGGGGAUAUUUGCUCCCAGAACUUUGAUUGAAAAUCACAAGGGAUGCUUCCGGGGAUCAAGGCUGGUCUCAUCAAAUAAUAUAGAGCUCAAUGAAGGUUCAUCCCGUGAAAAUGAUAGAGUCGAGCCAUUUUCUACUGCGAGAUGUCGCGUGCACCUAAGGUCUUCUAAUAAGAGAGCUGAUGUGGCAAUUAUUCAUUUGCUGAGGGGACCCAGUCUUCAUUCUUUAGGUGAAAUAACUCAAUUGAACAACUAUAAGGAUGCUGAAGUAUUUACUUCUUUCAAGGUCCGUCUUCACCAUCUGCAGAAAACUGAAAAUCUUAGAAUUUGCUUCGGAAAAUCGGGCAUUCAUGGAUGGGGUCUCUUUGCUCGAAGAGAUCUACAAGAAGGAGAUAUGGUUGUUGAGUAUCGAGGUGAGCAGGUAAGGCGUAGUGUGGCUGAUCUGAGGGAAGCAAAAUAUCGUUCAGAAGGCAAAGAUUGCUAUUUGUUCAAGAUCAGCGAGGAGGUUGUCAUCGAUGCAACACACAAGGGCAAUAUAGCACGUUUAAUAAACCACUCUUGCAUGCCAAACUGCUAUGCAAGGAUUUUGAGUUUGGGUAAUCAAGGGAACCGGAUUGUUCUUAUUGCGAAAACCAAUGUUUCUGCUGGUCAAGAACUUACGUAUGAUUACUUGUUCGAUCCAGACGAGCCAGAAGAACUGAAAGUUCCCUGCCUUUGCAGAGCUUCCAACUGUAGAAAAUUUAUGAACUAGGUUUAGCAUUUUUUGCUCCUUGAGCGAUUUCAGUCAUCUAACCAUAGGGUAAAAAUUUGUUCAUUGAGCUUUUUUUUUUUUACCAGUUUAGUAUAAUUUGUAUAUAAUUUUAUAUAUGUAAUUAAAUAGGAAACUUCUGAGCAAUUGAGCUGGAGGCAUUUUUGUAACUUGCCACAUGGUUCCUUUAUAUUCUCCAAAUUCUUUUGACAUUUGGAAGAAAUGCUCAUUGAAGACAGAAGGUGUAUAGGAGCACACAUAUACUACUCAGUGCUUUUCUGGUUCUGCAGCGAAACAGUUGGUCAUAUCUCUUACACAGUUAUACUUUAUUUGGCAUUUUUCAAAAGAGAAAUCAAUAUCUGGUCAUGGUUUAUGCAUUUUAAACUUUAAAAAAGUUGAAUAAACAACUUCUUAAGAGAAUAUUACUAUAUUGGUUUCUUUGACCUGUGUUCUUUGAAUACUUGGCAACAUUUUCCUGUUUUUUUUAACCAUUAGUGUACCUAGGUUUGGAUUGUAAAAUAUUGGAUGUUGGACGAAUAAGUUGGUCAUUAUAUCCAAAUUUACGAA